AUGUCAGCCUUACGGAUAUUGGUGCCCGUCAAGCGGGUCAUUGACUAUGCGGUCAAGCCCCGCGUCAACAAGGCCCAGACGGGCGUCGAGACGGCCGGCGUCAAGCACAGCAUGAACCCCUUCGACGAACUCUCGGUCGAGGAAAGUGUGCGCAUCCGCGAGAAGAAGCGCGCCCCGGGUGGUGUGGAGGAUAUCUGCGUCAUCAGCGCCGGGCCGACCAAGGCUCAGGAUAUCCUGCGCACUGCUAUGGCUAUGGGCGCCGACCGCGGCAUUCACGUCGAGGUCAAGGAGGGCGAGGACCUUGAGCCGUUGAGCGUGGCUAAGCUGCUCAAGGCCGCUGUUGAGCAGCAGAAGAGCAACUUGGUUUUCUUGGGCAAGCAGAGUAUUGAUGACGAUGCCAACCAGACGGGGCAGAUGCUGGCUGGCUUGCUGGGCUGGCCUCAGGCUACGCAGGCUAGCGAGGUUACGUUUGGGGAGGGGGACACGGUGACGGUUACGAAGGAGGUGGAUGGUGGUGUCGAGACUGUCAAGGCGAAGCUGCCGAUGAUUAUCACGACGGACUUGCGGUUGAAUGAGCCGAGGUAUGCGAGCUUGCCGAAUAUCAUGAAGGCGAAGAAGAAGCCUUUGGAGAAGAAGACGCUGGCGGACUUUGGGAUUACGGGGGAGAAGAGGCUCAAGACGUUGAAGGUUACUGAGCCACCCCCGAGAAAGGGCGGCGGCAAGGUCGAGGAUGUCGAUGGUUUGAUCUCCAAGCUCAAGGAGCUAGGUGCUCUCUAA